ACAGAAGGUGGGAAGAUACUAAUUUUUCACACUGAUAAACGUAAUCAGUAUUACUUCAGUAGUAUAAAUUGACUGGUCUUCAAACCAGCUGGGAUGGCCUACUAAAAUCAAUGCAAUUGGCUCAUUUGCCUGGAAGGUCUGAGGAAAACCACAAUAAGCCUCUGUCAGAGUAACUGGUGUUCCAGCCGCGAUUUGAACCGAGAACAUCCCGAAUGCAAAUCUGGAGCUGUACCGCUAAGCUAAUCUGCCAGUACGCUGUGGAUCCGCGACAAAGAGGAACACAGAAUAACACAAGAAGCAUGACAAGUGAGGAAGAGCGCCUCGCGAGAUUGCGAAGGACGUUGCAUUCCUUAGCAACUCGAGUCCCCAAAAUAAUUCUGAAACCAGUUGACUCGACAUUUCCUGUUCUGAAGAAUCAGACGACUGUUAAAUUGAAUGCAACCAGAGCAGAAGAUGCACACUUCAGUAAGGAGGUUAAAACCGAGGAACUCCCUGGUGAACACAGUGCAGAUUUGUCAGUGUUACAGAACGAAGAGAAGUUUGAUUCGUGCGAGAUUUGUAAAAAAACACUUUCUCGUGUCAAUAAUGAGUCGGGGUAUACAAGUGUGAGUAGCAGAGACACGAUAUCUCGUUGUGAAAUGUGUGUCAAAUCGUUCACUGGAAAUCCCAGUUUCUUUGAGACUGUUAAAUUGGAUGCAACCAGUACAGAAGGUGCAUACUUCAGUGAGGAGGUUAAAACCGAGGAACUCCCUGGUGAACACAGUGCAGAUUUGUCAGUGUUACAGAUCGAAGAGAAGUUUGAUUCAUGCGAGAUUUGUAAAAAAACACUUUCUCGUGUCAAUAAUGAGUCGGGGUAUACAAGUGUGAGUAGCAGAGACACGAUAUCUCGUUGUGAAAUGUGUGUCAAAUCGUUCACUGGAAAUCCCAGUUUCUUUGAGACUGUUAAAUUGGAUGCAACCAGUACAGAAGGUGCAUACUUCAGUGAGGAGGUUAAAACCGAGGAACUCCCUGGUGAACACAGUGCAGAUUUGUCAGCGUUACAGAGCGAAGAGAAGUUUGAUUCGUGCGAGAUUUGUAAGAAACCACUUUCUCAUGUCAAUAAUGAGUCGGGACAUACAAGUGUGAGUAGCAGAGACAUGAUAUCUCGUUGUGAAAUGUGUGUCAAAUCGUUCACUGGAAAGCGCAGUUCAAUACGACCGUUCAGAGUUCGUGAACGGAAGUUUUCAUGCAAAGUAUGCAACAAAAGCUUCACUAGUCUCUAUAAUCUAGACAGUCAUAUCAGGGUACACAGUGGAGAACCGCCCUUUUCCUGUGAAGUUUGUAAGAAAAUGUUCCGUCGUCGUUCUCACCGAAACAGGCAUCUCAUUAUACACUCUGGAGAACGACCUUUUUCUUGCAAAAUAUGUCACAAAAGGUUCACUCAACAAUCAAAUCUGAAUACGCAUCUCAGGAUACACAGAGGAGAGCGGCCUUUCUCGUGUAAAGUAUGUAAGAAAAAGUUCACUCAAUCCUCAGGUCUGUACACGCAUCUCAGAAUUCACACAGGCGAACUACCCUUUUCUUGCGAUGUGUGUAAGAAAAAGUUCGCUGUCAACGGAAACCUAAAGCAGCAUCUCCUAAUACACAGUGCCAAACAAAAUGUUUAGUGAAAUUUGUGGGAAAUUUUCUUCUCAUAUGGUACAUCAUGAGAAAUUGACUUUCGCGUAAUAUGCCCAAGAAAGCUUCCACGCAGUGCCGUAGCCUGAGACUGAUAUAAGUGUGUACAUUUAUAUUACCUGAAGUGCAGUGUUUCAAAUAUUCAGUUCUGCUAUAGCGAAUUAAGUGACAACAGAAGCAGAAGUUUCCUCUGUGUACCACAUAUUGUACUCAAACACCGUUCUCACAUUACAGAAUUGUAUUGAUUACUUUGACAUUUUAAGCAACGGCUUAAAAAAACACUUCCUGCAGUAAUGAAUACGCAUGCGCAGCAUGAGAGCUGCUGGACACGGUGAUUUCUAUGCGGUCCGUGAGGUACCAGUUACUCAGUAUGUAGUGAAAGGAAAGCAGGCGAGUAGAUGUACUCAGAGCUUCUUGUUGUUGCUGGGGCGGAAGAACGGCAAUACGAAGCUUGCCACUGUUUCUUUCCCACAAGUUCCCCAUGUCUGGGCGCAUGUGACAAAUACAAACUCGGAAACAUCUUCCGAGCCCCUUAUCAUAUACUGCAUUUCCAUAUCUACUCCCAGAUUUUUUAUUUUUUAAGAACUGUUCAAAAAUGCAUUCAUAACUCGUACU